UACUGAAAAAAUUAGGUCUAAGUUUGAAUAUUUUUGAAGCCUCAAUUCUCACGCGGGGUGUGAUGUGGUGUGGUGUCAGUCGUCAUCUUCUUCCAACGCGUCUUCCCCGCGACUUUCUCUGUGACCUUUCCCCUGUUUACCCACUAUCACAGCCCCUCUCUCUCUCCAUCUAUAUUUCUCUGUCUCACUAUCUACCCCUUCAAGUUCCAAAAAAAUACCUAGUAUUUACACACAUCAUAUGCGACCAACAUCCAUUCUCACAGAGUUCAAUAUACAGAUAAAUAUAUAUAUAUAGAUAGAGAAUCUAGAGAGAGAAUAAAAGAUGUUACGAUCAUGUUGCAGGCCGAUUGAGAGAUGUUUCGGGCGAAGGAGUGGUGACGGACUGCUAUGGCACACGGACUUGAAGCCUCACGCCUCCGGCCAGUUCUCGAUCGCCGUCGUUCAGGCCAAUUCCACUCUGGAAGAUCAAAGCCAAGUCUUGGCGUUACCGUCCGCUACCUACGUCGGCGUCUACGACGGUCACGGUGGUCCCGAAACUUCUCGCUUCGUCAAUAGACAUCUCUUCCCUCACCUCCAUAAAUUCGUUACCGAGCAAGGGGGAUUAUCAGAAGAUGUAAUAAAGAAAGCAUUUCAUGCGACGGAGGAGGAAUUUAUGCAUUUGGUGAAGCGAUCGUUGCCACUUCGGCCACAAAUUGCUUCAGUUGGAUCGUGUUGUCUAGUUGGUACAAUAUCGAAUGAUGUACUGCAUGUGGCGAAUCUCGGAGACUCGAGGGCGGUUCUUGGACGGAGAAUUUCAGAGGACCCGAAGAGUAAGGUGGUGGCAGAACGGUUGUCGAACGAUCACAAUGUGUCGUGCGAGGAGGUGAGGAGGGAGGUUGAGGCACUUCAUCCAGAUGAUUUUCCUAUUGUUGUCUACUGCCGCGGAGUUUGGAGAAUUAAGGGCAUCAUUCAGGUGUCAAGAUCUAUUGGAGAUGCCUACCUGAAGAAACCCGAGUUGAACAGAGACCCGAUAUUCCAGCAAUUUGGAAACCCCGUUCCUAUGAAACGAGCUUUAAUGUCAGCAGAACCGUCAAUCCUUAAACGAAAGCUUAGGCCACAAGACUUAUUUUUGAUAUUUGCUUCAGAUGGUCUCUGGGAACAUUUGAGCGACGAAGAAGCUGUAGAGAUUGUAUUUAAGAACCCAAGAGCUGGAAUAGCUAAGAGGUUGAUCGGAGCUGCUCUAAAUGAGGCAGCCAAGAAGAGGGAGAUGAGAUACAGUGACAUAAAGAAAAUUGAAAAGGGUAUUAGGCGUCAUUUUCAUGAUGAUAUCACUGUGAUUGUGUUAUAUCUUGAUCACCACCACGGCUCCGCUAAUGGUAGAUUCAAGCAUAAUACUAUUAGCUGCACUACUGCACCGGUUGACAUCUUCUCCUCAAAUUCAGGUGGUGCUGUGGAGGAUCUACAUCACAUCGUUCAAUGAAUUAUAUAUAUAUAUAAAACUUAACUGUGGCACACUGACAGAUUUACAGAGUAGAGGUUAUAUAUAUGUGAUAGAAGUAGAUAUAUAUAUAUUUAUUUUGCUGAAUAGAGUGGAUUUUUUUAGAAAGAUACAGGAAAUAUCAAGAUGAUUACUGAAGAUGGUGAUUAGUGGAUGAGUAGGGGUUUGCAGCUAAAUUUCUAACUGCACAUUACUUGGUUAUUGGUUAUUGAUUUUGACUAA